AUGACUGCCGAGCUCCGCAGAAAGCUGGUCAUCGUCGGUGACGGUGCCUGCGGCAAGACCUGCUUGUUGAUCGUUUUCUCUAAGGGUACCUUCCCAGAGGUCUAUGUCCCUACCGUGUUCGAGAACUACGUCGCCGAUGUCGAGGUUGAUGGCAAGCACGUCGAGCUGGCGCUAUGGGAUACGGCCGGCCAGGAGGACUACGACCGUUUGCGACCCCUGUCAUACCCCGACUCCCACGUCAUCUUGAUUUGCUUCGCCAUCGACUCUCCCGACUCCCUGGACAACGUCGGCGAGAAGUGGUGCUCCGAAGUACAUCACUUCUGCCCGGAUGUUCCCAAGAUUUUGGUUGGCUGCAAGAAGGAUCUGCGUUUCGACCCCAAGACCAUCGAGGAGCUCCGCAAGACCAGCCAGCAGCCGGUGACCACUGAACAGGGCCAAGCGGUUGCCAACAACAUCAAGGCCACCAAGUACCUUGAGUGCUCGGCCAAGACCAACGAGGGUGUCCGCGAGGUGUUCGAGUUCGCAACACGGGCUGCUUUGCUCAAGAAGACCGGGAAGAAGAAGAAGUCCUGCGUCAUCGCCUGA